UAUUGUAUACAGACAUGUAACCGUUAUGUAUUCCAGUAUAGUUUUUGAAAAUGUCCAAGACGCUCAAUGUGAUAGUUGAUCAUAUGCCACCAUAUUUGUUGUUAAUGACAAAUGAUGGUAAGAUUAAUGAUGUCUCAGGAUAUGUAGGUGAAAUUUGGAAAAUCAUUGAAAAACGUCUAGAAAUCAGGAGCAAUUACGUGCGUGGAGACUUCACUGCAGGCAAAUUAAUGUUGAAAGAAAACACUGGUGACGUCCUCUUGGUGCCGAUUGUGGUCACCACUACUGACGUACAGGAUUUUGAUUUUUCAAUUCCGAUUUUUAAAACAUGGUACGAACUGUACGCAAAGUACACCGUCAAUCGAGCUACUUCGUUGUCGUACUUGGUUACCUGGAGUCCGGAAGUAUGGGCAGCGUUUUUGUUGACGAUGUUCGUGAUCGUCGUAUGUAUGUGGUUCGUCGCGAAAAUUAGAUAUUUUAUAUUGUCAGUGGACGACGUAUCUGUGGUACAACCGCAAAAGUGGCAGCGAUCGGCUACCAAAUCUCCUAGUCUGAUAUCCUAUUUCUUCAUCGUAUGGGGAUCAAUUUGCAGUCAAGGACUUCACACCGUCAAUACCAACGCCUGUUCCGUGCGCGUUGUUUCCUGGGUCACCUUGCUAUUCGGGCUGUGUAUUAGCACGUCAUAUUCAGCUGUGUUGUUUUCCCGGUUGACUGUUGACAAAUCUGACCUGGCCAUCCCUUCGUUGGAGUCGCUGUCUAGGCUUCGAACACACGUGGUGUGCGUGCGACGCAACAGCUUUGGAUACUUGCUAUUUAAAGCGAACGAGACGGAUACGUUUUUAAUGGAACGAUGGCUGGGAGUGGUGAACGUUCCGCCGUGUCCCCAGUACGAGUACGGUGACAUCGAUGUGAUGGCCAAGUCGGUGUGCAGUGAUCAAGCUCUGUUGGUGUUAGAGACGCCCAUGGUGAUGGCCAGGGCUAUGAGCUACCAGGAUGGGUGCCGAGUGAUGUCAGUGGCCGGUCGUCACGCGGUAGCUUACGCGUCAGUACUGACGGUCAAAGGAUCACCAUACACGCCCCUGAUUAACGAGAUAAUGGUGUCGCUGCUCACUAACGGCAUAGUGGACUACUUGCAAAAGAAAUGGCUGUCUAGGCAGUUUCGUGACUGGACGUUUACUGAAGCCGACAGCAUCGGAGUGACCAUUGGACACGUACGUGGACUACUCAUCGUCCUUGGAUUAUCCGUCAUCGUCGCCACUGCUGUCAUGCUCGUCGAGCUGGUCACCGCUAAAUCUAACCAACCCACAAUUUCGAUUCCAUUUCGUAACGUUGAUCGCAACAGCCAAAACAGCGUUUAUGAAACUGCUAAUAGUAUCCGUUGGCACAAAUGUCGUGAUCGCUAAGAGUGCUAUAUUUAUUAUAGUUCCUUAAAUUCUAAACUUUAUAAGCCCAAUUCAAGUUAAUAAAAGUACUUGGUGGGCAACUCACACUUCAUUGCACGACAACUAAACAUAGCAAAAGUAGAUAGGUAAGGGGAAAGGUGUUGAAUUCCGCUGAGUAGCGACACGAAACUACUUAAUGUUUAUUUUUGAAAAUAAUUUGUAUCUAAAUAUCUGUAGUCUAUAUCGACAAAUAUUUAUAAAAUAUUUAUAUUAGACAU